GUACAUUCCACUGACAGCGGAUCUUCAUCAGACCUCGCAGGAUCUCCGAGACGCUAUGCGAAAAUAACAGAAAAGACGUUUUGGAUCGACCGGAUAUGCAUGAACCAAACUGGCGAGAAGCAUCAGAAUCAGCGAGUCGCCAUGAUGGGCAAGAUCUACAGGAAUGCCGACCAAGUCAUCUUUUAUGGAGGAAGUUCUCGCGACGACGAGUUCGAUUUGAAAGGUAUCGAGCUGGUCGAGCGACUGGACAAACAUUUUUCACCCGACUAUCAGGCCAUUAACGACAUCAACAACCUAUUCACUUCACACCAGAAGAAGCGCCAAUUACCGGUGCAGAACACGCCAGAUGACAUCACGCAGAAUAUCAGCCAACAUACCGCCGCAUUCCAGUGGUUAGCUGAAGUGGGCUACGGAGGAUGGCGACAGCGACUAUGGAUGGUGCAGGAAUAGUUGCCGAGCAAGGAGUUGGUUUUCUCGCGGGGACCUCGGUUGUUGUCCUGGAACGUCGUUGCCGUUUUAUCCUUCCUAUUUUACCUCAAG